AUGCCUGCGCUCGUCGACGAUGACACCGCCCCCGGGCGCCUCUUGCUCCUCUCCAACCGAUUGCCCAUCACCAUCAAGCGCUCCGACGAUGGCAGCUAUUCCUUCUCCAUGUCCUCUGGUGGUCUCGUCACCGGUCUCAGUGGACUGUCAAAAACCACAAGCUUCCAAUGGUACGGCUGGCCUGGCCUCGAGGUUCCCGAAAACGAGAUCGCCGGCAUGAAGCAGCGUCUCAAGGACGAAUACGAUGCCCACCCCGUCUUCAUUGACGAUGAGCUUGCCGACAAGCAUUACAACGGCUUCUCCAACUCCAUUCUCUGGCCCCUCUUCCACUACCACCCCGGUGAAAUCACAUUCGACGAGAGUGCAUGGAGCGCCUACCGCGAAGUCAACCGCCUGUUUGCCAAAGCCGUUGUGAACGAUGUUCAGGAUGGCGACCUGAUUUGGGUCCACGACUACCACCUCAUGCUCCUACCCGAGAUGCUGCGCGAGGAGAUUGGCGACUCCAAGAAGAAUGUCAAGAUUGGCUUCUUCUUGCACACCCCCUUCCCAUCUUCCGAGAUCUACCGCAUCCUACCCGUCCGCGAGGCGCUCUUGACGGGUGUUCUUGACUGUGAUCUUAUCGGAUUCCACACAUACGACUACGCUCGCCACUUCUUGAGCAGUUGCUCUCGCAUCCUCGGAACCCCAACAACCCCUAACGGCGUCGACUACAACGGCAAAUUCGUCACCGUCGGCGCAUUCCCCAUUGGUAUUGAUCCCGAGAAAUUCGUUGAAGGUCUCAAGAAGCCAAAGGUCCAGGAGCGCAUCGAUGCGCUCAAGCGCAAGUUUAAUGGCGUCAAGCUCAUCGUCGGUGUUGAUCGUCUUGACUACAUCAAGGGCGUUCCCCAGAAGCUCCACGCACUCGAGGUCUUCCUGACAGAACACCCCGAAUGGAUUGGCAAGAUCGUUCUCGUCCAGGUUGCCGUGCCCUCGCGUCAAGAUGUCGAAGAGUACCAGAACCUCCGCGCUGUCGUCAACGAGUUGGUCGGUCGGAUCAACGGAAAGUUUGGCACAAUCGAGUUUAUGCCCAUCCAUUUCCUUCACCAGAGCGUCUCCUUCGACGAGCUCACCGCUCUGUACGCUGUCUCAGAUGUCUGCCUCGUCUCUUCAACGCGCGACGGCAUGAACCUGGUCUCGUACGAAUACAUUGCGACUCAGCGCGAACGUCACGGUGUCAUGAUUCUCUCCGAGUUCACUGGAGCAGCCCAAUCCCUCAAUGGUUCCCUCAUCGUGAACCCGUGGAACACGGAGGAGCUCGCAAACGCCAUCCACGAUGCCGUCACCAUGUCUCCCGAACAGCGCGAGACGAACUACCGCAAGCUCGAGCGCUACGUCUUCAAGUACACCUCGUCGUGGUGGGGCCAGUCAUUCGUCGCCGAAAUGACCCGCCUAUCUAUGGAAACAACCCAACAGAAGACCCUGAGAAACAUUAGCGGCAACGUCGUCGGUCAGGUCAGCAAGGCUUUACAAAGCGCCGUCGAGGGCGUCCAGAACCUAACAGUCAAGGAUGGCGAGGAGAGCAAGCAGGAGAAGCAAGAGGCGUAA